UUGCCUCCCUCUUUCCUGCAGUUUGAUUUGCUUCCCUAAUUGACCUAAAUAAAGCUCCUGACUGACAAGCACUUCUAGGGCCCCCAGGCACACACACUACUAAGCAGAGAAGUGAACUCAUCGACACUAAUUCUCUCUUAUUUUCCUUGAAUAAUCCAAUUUACUGAGCGCUGCUCGCACAUUUGGAGAAGUCUCUUUUUCUGUGCCAAGCGUUUAACUCGCAGGACAUUUUUAUUUGCCUCUUAUCGUUCCCAUUUGAGGCUUUUUAUUGGGAGCAGCGAUGUGAGAGUGAUCGCCCAGAGCUCAGCAGCCUCUCCGGGAGUAGAGAAGGGGCAGGAGGCGCAUCCUGGGGACUGAGCGCGGAGAGAGAAGGAAUAUUGCGCGGCGCGCAGCUCAUCCUCUGGGUACAACGGUGCGCACAGAUCCAUCAGUCUGCUCCACUUCCAUUCCCAGCAGGGACCACACUGCUAUCAAGAUGCCCGAUGACUCUACGGAAACCCAAAGCACCACCACCACCACCACCAGUGCCAGGGUGUCUUCGUUCUUCAUCGAGAAUCUCCUGGGCACCGAAUCGAAUAAGGAGAAGAAGCGCGAAGAGGCAGGCUCUGGGCACCAUGCACAGUCCACUGAGCUCGCAGGCGGCCAUUUCAGCUCGUUGUGCUGUCAGAUCUCCCCGUACCAUUACAGUUACCCUCUCAGAGAGAACACCAUGGAGUGGUACAGAAGGGCGCAGGCCACUUACAUAGGAUGCACGAGCCCUGAGACAAGUGACAGAGAUUCCCCAGAGAUGGCAGAAUCAGUUGAGGGUCAGAGCAGGGGGCUGAGGAAGCUCAGUGAGAGCCCCGGAGAAAGGAGAGAAGACUUUGCAUGUAAAGAGGAGGAGGAGGAGGAUGAGGAGGAGAAGGCAGAACAGGACUCAGACCAGAGGUCUUCUCGCAAGAAGAAGACUCGCACUGUGUUCAGUAGGAGCCAAGUCUUCCAGCUGGAGUCCACUUUUGACAUGAAAAGGUACUUGAGCAGCUCAGAAAGGGCCGGCCUGGCAGUCUCCCUCCACCUCACAGAGACCCAAGUCAAAAUCUGGUUUCAGAACCGGAGGAACAAAUGGAAAAGACAACUGGCAGCAGACCUGGAGGCUGCAAACAUCUCACACACUUCCCAAAGGAUAGUAAGAGUCCCAAUUCUGUACCAUGAGAACUCACCUGCUGCCUCCAUGGGCUUCAACUUGCCCCAUGUCUCCCCAGCAGCACUAGUAGGUUUCUCCAACCCAAUGAACUACCCCCUGGCCUCCAUCCCAACCUCUGUGCCCUUUAUUAGAUCUCAGAUGACUGCACUUGUCUAAUGACUCCAUGGGGGACGUUUCCACAAGGCCUAUUUUUUAUUAACAGCAUAUCAGCUUCUUAUAUUAUAUACUUCCUUCUAUGCCUUUCAAUAUAAGACGUGCAAGAACGAUUACUUGGAAUUACUGCAAAAAAAAAAAAAAAUACACAAAAAAAAUCGCUAUUAAACAUUUUCUUUUUAUACUUCCAAAGAAAUCCCAUGUCUGUUCAAUGGUGUCAUAUCAGUGUCAACCGAGCUCUGCACAAAUAUCCAGAAUACUGAGCAAUGAUAGAGUCUAUCUCAGCUAAUUUAUUUAGGCCAGUUACUGUACAUGUUUGCUCAUCUGAAUGAUAUAUAUAUCUAUAGAUAGUAAAAGAGCGCCAGCAAAUAUGGAAUUUCUCCUAAAUUAUGUCAAUGAGUUUUAAAUUAUUUACUUUUCUUAAAGGAUCUAAUACAAUACUAUGCAAUAUA